UGGAGAGGCAGUAUUUCACUGCACUGGACGAGAGACAGAGCUGUGGAGGAGGAGAGAGAGAGAAGGAAAAAAAAGGUGGAGAGAAGAGGGAAGAGACAGGGCUUCUUAUUAGUCAGACAAGUCAGCGGUGCACCUCCAUUCUCUCCAAGAUCAGCACGGCCCCCUUUGACUGACACACACACACACACACACACACACACACACUCGUGCGUGUGCGCACCCACACCCAGUGCAUGUGUGAGUUGAUGGAAUGCGUCUGACAGGGCGGUCAGCCAGGGUUGAGUCAGAGCACUGCGUUUUCUUUAGCAGAGCGCUGGCCGCGCUGUGGAAACACACACUGUAAGCUUCACACACUCUCUCGUAGGGACAUAACGACACACACACACUCACUCAACCUCCAGCUCCGAGGAUUUACGAGUUGACUCCUAUCAUGAUGCGCUGAUGACUGCAUGCUGACUGGAACCAAGCCUAUCCAUCUUUGCUCUGGACCAUGGAGGCUAGUGGCACUGGACGGUAGGGACCGAGUCUAAGAGACAUUUCAGGACAAGUGCGUGUGCCAGGAUGGCGGGGUGCAUGCGGACCCUCGCCCUCAUACUUUGUGUGGUCCUGUGGAGCGACUUUGAAGUGCAAGGAGCAAAGAACAACUAUCCGAGACUACGACUGUCCCAUAAAGAGCUCUGGGACUUGAACAGGACCUGGGUGUUCCAGGCUGGAGAUGGGGUUCUACAACAUUACAGUAUGCUGCUGGAUGAGACUCAGGAGAGACUGAUCAUUGGUGGCAAAGACAUCCUCUAUUCUCUUAACCUGGACAGAGUCAGCGCACCUCACAGAGAGAUUCGUUGGGCUAGUUCUGAGGAGCAGGUGGAGGAGUGUCUCAUGCAGGGCAGGGAAAAGCCGGAGUGUGCUAACUACAUCAAGCUGAUUCAGCAGUAUAACAGCACUCACCUGUUAACGUGUGGCACUGGAGCCUUUAGCCCAGCAUGUGCUUACAUCAGAGUCAGCCAGGGAAUGGAGCAGAACAGAGUUUUUCAUCUGGAGUCUGAGCAUAUAGAGAGUGGCAGAGGGAAAUCUCCCUUCCAUCCCAACAGCCCCACAAUCUCCACUGUGUCCAGAGGCCAACUAUUUGUAGGUCUGUACACUGAUUACUGGGAGAAUGAUGCAGCGCUGUAUCGCCUAGGCAACCAUGGCUACACUAGAACAGAAGUUGGUGACAGACAGCAGCUGAACGAGCCCAAGUUUGUAGGAUCUGUGGCGAUCCCUGAUAACGACGACCCUGCAGAUGACAAAGUUUACUUCUUCUUCACUGAGAGAGUGCCCAACACAGAGAGAGGACAUAAGGCCGUCUACAGCAGAGUGGCCAGAGUGUGUGCUAAUGACCAGGGUGGUCAGCGAAUGUUGGUGAAUAGGUGGAGCUCAUUUCUGAAGGCUCAUUUGAUCUGCUCGGUGGCAGGACCCAAUGGCAUCGACACACACUUUGAUGAGCUGGAGGAUGUGUUUGUUCUGAAGAAGAAGGAUGAGAAGAAUCCUGAAAUCUUUGGCUUGUUCAGCACAACCAGUGCGGUAUUUAAAGGUUAUGCAGUGUGUAUGUAUAACAUGGAGGAGAUCCGUGCAGUUUUUAAUGGGCCAUUUGCCCACCGGGAGCGCGCUGACCACCACUGGAGUGUGUAUGAAGGGAAAGUGCCAUACCCUCGCCCUGGAUCUUGUGCCAGUAAGAUUAAUGGGGGUCAGUUCUCCAGUUCUAAGGAGUACCCUGAUGAGGUUCUGCGAUUUGUGCGUUCCCAUCCUCUCAUGUUCCAGCCGGUGCAGCCGGUCCACAGGCGGCCCAUUCUGCUGGACACGGAUGGAAGACGCAGGCUCACUGAGCUUGCUGUGGACAGAGUGGAGGCAGAGGAUGGUCAUUAUAAUGUCCUCUUCAUUGGCACAGAUGACUCAGUUGUGUUAAAAGUGAUCACCAUCUUCAACAAGGAGGCCAACACAGUUGAAGAAGUGCUUUUGGAGGAGUUACAAGUAUUCAAGGUUCCUGUACCCAUCACAGAAAUCAUCAUCUCAACUAAAAGACAACAGCUGUAUGUUGGAUCAGAGCUGGGUGUGGCUCAGGUUCGUGUGCAUCAGUGUGGUCUGUACGGCUCAGCCUGUGCUGACUGCUGUCUGGCCAGAGACCCCUACUGCGCCUGGGAUGGACACACCUGCUCUAGAUACUACCCUGCUGGCAUUUACACAAAGAGGCGCUUCAGAAGGCAGGAUGUCCGUCAUGGCAAUGCUGUUCAGCAGUGUAACGGUCUCCAGCUGAAUGACGCUCAGAGUGUGUUAGAGAAGUUGGUGUACGGUGUGGAGAAAAAUAGCACUCUGUUAGAGUGUAGACCCCGAUCCCUGCAGGCUUUACUCACUUGGUACGUGUUGAAAGGACUGGACAUGGAGGAGAUAAAAGGUGACGAGCAUAUUAUUCAGACACCUCACGGCCUGUUGUUUCUGACGACGAAGAAGUCUGAUGCGGGUGUAUACGUGUGCCAGUCCGAAGAGCAUGGCUUUGUUCAGACCAUAGUAAGGGUCACUCUGGAGGUACUGGAGGAGGAACGGGUCGAGAGCCUGUUCCAUCGAGGAGAAUAUGAAGAGAAGGAGGUCCAGUUCAGAUCUCCCCCCUGCCCCUUCCCUAGCCUGCCUUCAGCUCCUUCUGCCACCAAGCUCUGGUACAAAGACUUUAUGCAGCUGAUUGGCUACAGUAACUUCCAGCGAGUGGAGCAGUACUGUGAGAGAGUGUGGUGCGCCUCUGACAGGAAGAGGAAGAAGCUUAAAGGCCUACCGCCCAAGUGGCGCUACUCUCAAGGGGCCGAGCGCCACGGGAAAGCUCGGGCGCCCAGACACACACGGGACAACUGAGGGUCGUGUGGGAACACAUUAAUACCCUGAACUGAUUCUACAGACCACAGGGUUGCACACAUGCUUACAGCUAAUCUUCAGAGUUAUUUUGCCCAUUGUGUUACAAUAUGAACUACGAAAUGUAAAUGAAAGUAAAUGAGGUAUGUUUGAGUUUUAGUGAUACCAUGUAAGGAAGCUUUUCCAGACACAAAUGAAUCCACUCUUAACACUAAACAGCCAUUUGGAUUGAUGCCAUAGAAAAAAACAUUUUUGGUUCCCUAAAGAACCUGGUUUAAAUAGUGGGAAAUGUGAGUGUGAAGAACAGUUUAAACAGUUUAAAGGACUCCACAUAAUGUAAAGGUUCUACACCAAUUAUUGUUUUUAGGAAUCAUUUAGGAAGCUUUAAGAGUGAAGAGUGUACCCUUAGGCUAAACCGCAUUGUCAGUGAGAAUUCCUUCAUGAAAAGCCUUUUUUAGUCUAGGACCUUGACUGUGUCUGAAAAUCUUGUCCGUGGUGUUUGGUUUGGAGUGUGCUAGACUGUAGAAGGUGGAUAAGAAUUGAUGUUAAUGUAUAUUUCUGUGUUUGGUGGUAAAGCUAGUUUUGAAGUGUGGAACAUUACAGUUACGCUGAGGUUGCUUAUACAGUGACAUAUAGCAUUUUCCAGUGGAUGGGGCCGGUGGCAUUUUAAAAAGAUAUUCUAAAAAUGAAACAAAAUGACCACACUGAUUCAUUUCACACAGUGACAAACAUGGACAUGCAGUGCUUCCGUUUGCAACGACGUGAGCUGUCGUGAGAAGCUGCAGAAUAACUUUUCUUUGCUUGACAGCCUGAAUUCAGGAUUUCAGAACAAUCCCUUUCUCCAGACUAGGAUGACUCAUCACUUCAAAAAAGAGCAAGCACUCUUCAUCCUCAAAAUCCCUGCUCACAAAGAGAGGCACAGCUCUGCGCACAUUCUUUAAGUAUUUAUCAUUUCUAUUUUAUAUUAAAUUAUUGUAGUUGGUGUUUGGUAGUGGUUUAGGUGACUUUCUAUUUUGAACUGGAAAUAUGUUGCUGUUUUUGUGUUUAGUAUUUACUAGGCUUUCAGAUCACUGAGUAUAAGGAUCAUCAUCACAGGCCCAUGCUUUCAGCAUUAAGAAUAAAUCAACACAGACUGUCAAAUCUUGGACUUAAUAUCUGCAAACAUUAAUCAGUUCCCCAAUGAACCACUGAACUAACAUCAUCAUCAUGAAUCAUAUUAUGACCUCCAUACUAACGUAAAUGUAGUGUAUUCUGUUAGUUGGAGAUUGAUACCAAUGUAGAAAUCUGUUUUUAUGUAGUCCAAUAAAUGCCAUAAAUACUC